AUGUGUUUGGAUCUGUUUAAUAUCAGCGGUGCCUCGGGUACCAAUAGUCCAUUGUACAUCCUGGAUCUGUUUAAUAUCAGUGGUGCCUCGGGUACCAAUACUCCAUCGUACAUCCUGGAUCUGUUUAAUGUCAGUGGUGCCUCGGGUACCAAUAGUCCAUCGUACAUCCUGGAUCUGUUUAAUUGUGCCUCGGGUACCAAUAGUCCAUCGUACAUCCUGGAUCUGUUUGAUGUCAGUGGUGCCUCGGGUACCAAUAGUCCAUCGUACAUCCUGGAUCUGUUUGAUGUCAGUGGUGCCUCGGGUACCAAUACUCCAUCGUACAUCCUGGAUCUGUUUGAUGUCAGUGGUGCCUCGGGUACCAAUACUCCAUCGUACAUCCUGGAUCUGUUUGAUGUCAGUGGUGCCUCGGGUACCAAUACUCCAUCGUACAUCCUGGAUCUGUUUGAUGUCAGUGGUGCCUCGGGUACCAAUAGUCCAUCGUACAUCCUGGAUCUGUUUGAUGUCAGUGGUGCCUCGGGUACCAAUACUCCAUCGUACAUCCUGGAUCUGUUUAAUGUCAGUGGUGCCUCGGGUACCAAUACUCCAUCGUACAUCCUGGAUCUGUUUAAUGUCAGUGGUGCCUCGGGUACCAAUACUCCAUCGUACAUCCUGGAUCUGUUUAAUGUCAGUGGUGCCUCGGGUACCAAUACUCCAUCGUACAUCCUGGAUCUGUUUAAUGUCAGUGGUGCCUCGGGUACCAAUACUCCAUCGUACAUCCUGGAUCUGUUUAAUGUCAGUGGUGCCUCGGGUACCAAUACUCCAUCGUACAUCCUGGAUCUGUUUAAUGUCAGUGGUGCCUCGGGUACCAAUACUCCAUCGUACAUCCUGGAUCUGUUUAAUGUCAGUGGUGCCUCGGGUACCAAUACUCCAUCGUACAUCCUGGAUCUGUUUAAUGUCAGUGGUGCCUCGGGUACCAAUACUCCAUCGUACAUCCUGGAUCUGUUUAAUGUCAGUGGUGCCUCGGGUACCAAUACUCCAUCGUACAUCCUGGAUCUGUUUAAUGUCAGUGGUGCCUCGGGUACCAAUACUCCAUCGUACAUCCUGGAUCUGUUUAAUGUCAGUGGUGCCUCGGGUACCAAUACUCCAUCGUACAUCCUGGAUCUGUUUAAUGUCAGUGGUGCCUCGGGUACCAAUACUCCAUCGUACAUCCUGGAUCUGUUUAAUGUCAGUGGUGCCUCGGGUACCAAUACUCCAUCGUACAUCCUGGAUCUGUUUAAUGUCAGUGGUGCCUCGGGUACCAAUACUCCAUCGUACAUCCUGGAUCUGUUUAAUGUCAGUGGUGCCUCGGGUACCAAUACUCCAUCGUACAUCCUGGAUCUGUUUAAUGUCAGUGGUGCCUCGGGUACCAAUACUCCAUCGUACAUCCUGGAUCUGUUUAAUGUCAGUGGUGCCUCGGGUACCAAUACUCCAUCGUACAUCCUGGAUCUGUUUAAUGUCAGUGGUGCCUCGGGUACCAAUACUCCAUCGUACAUCCUGGAUCUGUUUAAUGUCAGUGGUGCCUCGGGUACCAAUACUCCAUCGUACAUCCUGGAUCUGUUUAAUAUCAGUGGUGCCUUGGGUACCAAUACUCCAUCGUACAUCCUGGAUCUGUUUAAUAUCAGUGGUGCCUCGGGUACCAAUACUCCAUCGUACAUGAAUGAAGCUACAUGUUAG